UGUCCCAGCAAGGCCACCAUACCUGGGAAGACUGUCAUCGUGACUGGAGCCAACACAGGUAUCGGGAAACAGACUGCUUUAGAACUGGCUAAAAGAGGAGGAAACAUCAUCCUGGCCUGUCGUGACAUGGAGAAGUGUGAGGCGGCCGCGAAGGACAUCCGCGGAGAGACCUUGAAUCCCCGUGUACGCGCUCAGCACCUAGACUUGGCUUCCCUCAAGUCCAUCCGAUGGAUAUUCUGGUCAACAAUGCAGCCGUGAUGAGGUGCCCACACUGGACCACUGAGGAUGGCUUUGAGAUGCAGUUUGGUGUCAACCACCUGGGCCACUUUCUGUUGACAAACUUGCUGUUGGACAAGCUGAAGCACUCCGCCCCUUCGCGCAUCAUCAACCUGUCAUCCCUGGCUCAUGUUGCUGGGCACAUAGACUUUGAUGACUUGAACUGGGAGACGAAGAAGUAUGACACCAAGGCGGCCUACUGCCAGAGCAAGUUGGCUGUUGUCCUCUUCACCAAGGAGCUGAGCCGCCGGCUGCAAGGCUCAGGUGUGACGGUCAAUGCUCUGCACCCCGGUGUGGCCAGGACGGAGCUGGGAAGACAUACAGGCAUGCACAGCUCUACCUUCUCCAGCUUCACGCUUGGGCCCUUCUUCUGGCUGCUGUUCAAGAGUCCCCAGUUGGCGGCCCAGCCCAGCACAUACCUGGCGGUGGCAGAGGAACUAGAGAGUGUUUCUGGAAAGUACUUUGAUGGACUCAGAGAGAAGGCUCCAUCUCCUGAGGCUGAAGAUGAGGAAGUAGCCCGGAGGCUUUGGGCUGAAAGUGCCCACUUGGUGGGCUUGGACAUGGCUCAUGAGUCCCCUGGAAGAGGACAUUCCCUCCCCAGAUAACCUUCAAAGAUCCAGAUGGAGCUGAAUUACUAAGGCUGCUGGCUGCCAUGCCCUCUUCAUCCUUUGGUGGUGGUGUUGACACUGUUAAUGAUCAUGGCUGCUGACUGCCAUGCCCUAAUCAUCCUCUAGGGGCAGUGUUAGCAUUGUUGGCAUUGUAGAUUCUCAAGACCAUGGCUGCUGGC